GGGCAGUAUAAAAUGUGUCAAAAGUAGUAAAAUACACGCUGUAAGUGAGAAGAUCAUAGACGAGAAGAGAAAAAUGGUGAACCACUUGUUGAUGAUUGCUGCCGAUCUCGAGAAUAUUACCGCCCUUCAGCCUCAAGGUGGUUGCGAUGAUCCUAGCUUCACAUACUAUUUCAAGCUGAAAUGUGGGAAUUGUGGAGAGGUGACUCAGAAAGAGACGUGUGUCAGUUUGAACGAGACAGUUCCUUCUGCGAAAGGCAAGGGUGACGUUCAUCUUUCUCAGAAGUGUAAGUUUUGUGGUAGGGAUGGAAACAUAACAAUGAUCACCGGCCGAGGCCGUCCUCUUACUCUGGAAGAAGCUGAGGCUGGAAAAUUUGCCCCCCUCAUGUUGUUUGACUGCAGAGGUUAUGAGCCCAUGGAUUUUGCAUUUGGCAGUGGAUGGAAAGCUGAGUCUGCUGAAGGAACAAAGUUUAACGACAUUGACUUGUCUGGAGGGGAUUUUGCCGAGUACGAUGAGAAGGGGGAAUGCCCUGUCAUGAUCUCCAACCUUCGUGCAAAAUUCGAUGUAGUGAAGUAGGUCUUGACUUCUAAUUUUUAACUUAAAAAUAACUACGACUGGUGGGUGAAGUGCGAACUAACUACUUAUGUUUACAUGUAAAAAGUUGGUGGCUUUUAUGAAAAGUGCAAACUCUUAACUAUUGUGUGUUGCUCGGCUGCUGGGGUUCACUAGCAAUGGUAGUUGAGACUUAAUAGGUCGCUUGGUGAUUGUUUCCGAGCAUGCUAGUUUGUGCGAAUGGGCAUAUAUUGAUUGCCUUAAAUUCAUGGCCUAGCUGGAAAAUCCUGAAAGAGUGGUUAUCUGUGCAAAUGAAAAAUGACAUGGAUGACAUCUCUUUCUGUGACAUACUCACAAGCAUGAUCAUUCGAAGCCAUGAGUAUUUGUCCGGAAACCUUCUGGAAAAAUUAUAAUAAAACCAAGUCUUACAGCCGGAAGGCUUACUAGCCUUUACACCAAAGACUACGGGAG